AUGGCCGCCCCUGAGGUUCAUCAUCUCUUCCACCGCCCCAUUGCCGACCACUCUUUCUCAGCCGAUCGCAAGACCUUAGCUGUAGCUAAGGAUUCUACAAUCGAGCUGUAUGGAAGAGUUGGCAAUUCUUUCAAGCUGAAAGAUGAGUUGAAAGGUCAUGAUAAGACCAUCACUAGUGUCGAUAUCGCUCCAGGUAGUGGUCGAAUCGUCACAUGUUCCCAAGACCGCAACGCUUUAGUCUGGGAGCCUUCGCCUCCUGGCUAUAAGCCUACUCUGGUACUUCUCAGGAUUGCUCGGGCCGCCACCUUCGUUCGUUGGUCUCCAUCCGAGACUAAGUUCGCUGUGGGGUCCGGAGACAGGGUCAUCGCUAUCUGUUAUUUCGAAGAAGAGAAUGACUGGUGGGUCUCGAAGCAUCUCAAGAAGCCUAUCCGGAGCACCAUCACCACCGUUAACUGGCAUCCCAACUCGGUCUUGCUCGCUGCUGGCUCUACCGACGCCCACGCAAGAGUCUUCUCAAGCUUCAUCAAGGGCGUCGACGCUCGUCCAGAGCCUAGCGUUUGGGGUGAGCGUCUGCCCUUCAACACGGUCUGCGGUGAAUUCCUCAACAACUCCGCUGGAUGGGUUCAUUCUGUCGCUUUCUCUCCGAGCGGUGACGCCCUCGCCUUCGCUGCCCACGACAGCAGCAUCACCGUCGUCUAUCCAACUGCCCCUGAGCAACCUCCGAAGGCCGUGAUCAGUGUCAACACUCAACUCUUACCCUUCAUGAGCCUCAUUUGGAACGGUGAAAGCGAGAUCAUCGCGGCCGGAUACGACUGCGAGGCGUUCAGAUUUAGAGGUGAUGCAUCCGGAUGGCAGCUAAGCGGUACCCUGGAAUCCAAGGGAAGACCUGGUUCGGGAGAUGCUCGGGAAGAGUCUGCUUUGAACAUGUUCCGGCAGAUGGACUUGAAAGGCAAGGUCAAAGAUGAUACUCAGCUAAAAACCGUCCACCAGAACACGAUCUCGACAGUACGCGUUUACGAAUCCGAUGGCGGACAUGUCACAAAAUUUAGCACGAGCGGCGUUGAUGGUAGGAUUGUCAUCUGGCACACUUAG